AUGGCAACCGGAGGGAAGGUGUCAUUCAAGGUUAUUCUGACCUCCGAUCCGAAGCUGCCUUUUAAAGUGUAUGUUCCCCCUUUUUCUUCGCUGGAUUUGGUUUGAUUCUGCUCUCUUCCUGUUCUUCUGUCGUCUCGUUUUUCUUUAGCUGCUCCUCGGGGUAUCUGAACUGGUGGACUUUGGUUCUCCAUCCCAGGUUCAGCGUACCGGAGGCGGCGCCGUUCACCGCGGUGCUGAAAUUCGCCGCCGAGGAAUUCAAAGUGCCUCCGCAGACGAGCGCCAUCAUUACCAAUGGUAUAUCCGUUUGCCCUUUCCUUGAACUUAGGGUUUCGGAUGGUUAUUAGAAUUAGAUCGUCUGGUGGGAUCAGAUGUUUUCGUCUAUCUUCUUGGUUCGUACUUAACCUGGGAUGAUGAAGGGUUUUCUAUUUGUUAAAUUAGCGGUAGAUAUGGCGAUGCCGUGGGAUCGUGAAAAGGGAGAUCGAGAGUAAUACUAGAAUUGAAUCUGACCUUCUCGAAACGUUUCAAUGGCAUUGUCCGGCGAAAAUAAAGAUCCAAAGCUGGUGUUGCUUAAAUCAUGUCGUUUCAUGAUAACAAAAUUCCCCAAAGACUUGCAUGGCACUUAAAACACGUAACAAAAUCUGACCUUCUUCAGUAACCGUGUCGAAGCAUAGUUGUUGAAGCUUCUUUGGUCUAAAAUUUAUGAUCUUGUAGAUAGAGAAAGGAACAUGUGACUCCUGAUUUUGGGAAGAACUUGAUUUAAUGAGGAGUGACGAGAAAAAUCGAAGGAAUUACUGAACUGAUGGACAAACAGAACGUGUUGUAUUAGAACAUGUCUGAAGCCUGAUUUGGAUAAACGGAUAAGAAGUGAAGUGGUGUCUGUUGCGUUUACUCCAGUUUUUCUCUCUAGUAAGUGCAGGUUUGCAUGGUAUCUUUGUGAAAAAAAUCAGAAAAUUCAGGUCUCCAAGUUCCAAGAAGUAUAGUUCUCGAACCAAAGGGUUCAUUGUGUGGCAUAUAAAUGUGGUAACAGCUAGGCGGAUGACGAAUAACGGCAGGAAUGGCCCACAGAGAUGCAUAACAUUAGCAACGACAAAAAAAUUAGAAUACCUGAUUUCAAUGGCUUCAUUUAUUGAUGGCAUCACCUGUAAGAUGCAAAAACAUGGGGUUAUUUUGCUCAAGUUCCAUUUAUAAAAGUAAUGGAACGAGUAUUCCUUGUCCACAUUUCACAUGUGACAACGUAAUUGAAGGACGGAUUUUGCCUAAUCUGUUGUUUUUGCUUCUGAUGCUUGCAGUGUGUUGUUUCUUUUGGCGUUUCUUCUUUCAUCAGUUUGUAAAAAUGCUUUGGUAACUUAGUUUCCUGGUUAGUAACAGACGGUGAUGUCUGACAUCUGCUUAAAGUUUAUCGUUCUUGGGAGGAUCUUGAUCAAGUUGCUAGCGCUAGUUUGGAUUGGAGCUAUAGAGAUGUAGAUAGCUCUGUUUGAUCUGGUGGAAAGAAAAAAUGGAGAAUGAAGGUGGUUUCUGAAGUGUUUCUAAAACCCACAUUUCCAACCACAGAGAUUGAGAGAGGAGUUGAGAGUUGAGAGGCAAAUUUUUUCUCUGAUUUUCCUUUUUUUCACCUGAUGAAUAUCGGGAAGUUCUUUAUUAAUAAUGCGUGCAUAUUAAUUUCUUAGUGUACAAAAAUUAUCCCUCAUUUAGGCCAACUCUAUAUUUAUUCUAUUAUAUCCAAAACUGAAUGCUCUCCACUGUUCACAGAUGGUGUCGGAAUUAAUCCACAACAAAGUGCAGGUAAGCCCUGUUCCUCGUUCUUUUUAAAUAUUAUCUUAUGAUCGCACGUCUAUUUCCUUCAGCAUACUGUUCUUGGGUACUAUACGACAUCCCAAAAUAUUCUCCUGAGUGGUGUUGUUCUUGAUGAAAUCUGUGGAUACAUUCCUGUUCAAAUAACCACGCCUGCUCUGAAGAAAGUGUCCAAGCAUCUCUCAGAGAGCCCUAUGCUAUCUUUUCUCUGUUAGCGGAAUAUUCAUGGUGAUGGAGAGACGCAAGUUGACUUUUCUGCGCACCUGCUGAUUAAAUGCCCAUAUUUUUUCAUUGGCUGGAGAAGGCCUGGGCCUGGGCCAGACCCGUUGACUUGUAUCAUCGAAGGGUACUAAACAAGCUAGUGGCUGGAUGAAGGGCCAACGGUAUCUGAUCAUCUGUUCCCCCUUUGACCAGGUAACGUCUUCCUCAAGCAUGGGUCGGAGCUUCGCCUCAUCCCUCGGGACCGGGUCGGAGCUCUGGAGGCUGGUCUCUGA